AUGCCUUCGAAACGGUCAAGCUUUGGCGAUCAGGGGUGCAACCCCAAUCAAUGUCGCGCUGUGUGCUUGAUCGUCGACGACGAGAACGCCAAGUCGUCGUUCCCUCCCGAAGUCUUGAAAAUGCUUCACAGAAUGGGGAAGAGAAUUGGUGUGAGCGCCUGGAUGCUGAUGGUCCCGAUGACCUCAUGCGCUUCCUACUUCCUGGGACCGAAUGCGCUUGUGGAGGUUGAUGGCGUCGACUGGAAGAGCAACCUGAUCCACUGGGGCUUUUGCGUCGGUCCCAGUGGCUUUGGGAAAUCGCAAGCGUACCAGAAAAUCAGCAAGAACAUCGACGUGGUCGAGCGAAUCAUCAAUGACGAGAUCAUGGAGCACAUUCUUAAGGAUCUGGAUCGACAGGUUUACAAAGAAGGUUCUUCCGAGUUCGAAAAGCUCAUGUCCGAGAUCAAGUUUCUGAAAGUCAAGAUGGACGGCGCGAUGCUCGACGCCUACAAGAAGGGCAACUCAGACCGGGUUAGAGCUCUGCAGCUGAAGGGAGGAAGCGCGUGGACCCGUGAGCUUGUCGACGAUAAGUGUGAGAGCAAGACGUGCGAGUACACGCACGUUUGCAUCGGCGGCUUCACGCAGCCUGAGCCCCUGCACAGAGAGAUUAGCAAGACACCGAACGACGGGCUCAUGAACCGGUACCAGACGGCGUUCCCCCCGCCAGAGUUCCCUGACUUCAGCCAGCUAUGCAUCGGUUCUGAUGAGCAACAAGUAGUCGACGAAGACAACGACCUGAUGCAGAAGCUGAUGUACCGAUUGUACUGGCUGACGCACAGCUUGGACGAGGACAAGGGCAAGACCAUCUUCAAGCUGACAGGAGCUGCUCGUGACGUGUUUGGCCAGGGGUUUGACAGCAUUCAGGCAGUUCUUCGGCAGCUGUAUGACAAAGACUUGCUGCACAAGGCUGGGAUCAUCUCGAAAACCAAGGGCGAGGUGCUCCAGAUCUCCGCAAUCUUCAGGGCGAUGAGCCUGGUUCUUGAGCCGUCUUACCUGACCCAAGGGGAGCAGCCCGAGUCCCUCCUGAUCACCGAAGACGACGUCCGGCAGGCGUGGAACUUCGUCAACCUUACAACAAGGCAGCGCAUCGAGUUUGAGAAUGACAAGGAGGUGAUCAAGGUCUGCAGCAAGGUCCUGGGGUGGAAGCCGCUCGGUCUCCGAGUCGAAGAAGAUGAAGAGGAGGACGACGAUGACGAAGAAGAUGACAACACCAACAUGGACGCACUGAGCCCCCUCGACCGAACCGCAAAGAGGCUCUUCAAAACAUUCCGGGACGAGACGAUCAGCCGCAUCGAGGUGUCCAGAAAGAGAACCUUUGGCAACAACAACCAGAUCAUGGACGUGCUCAACUACAUCUCUUCAAAGGACGACAACGGGGUGCACUACUUCGGGUCGGUGGAGGAGACGGUCAAAGGGCAGAUCAGCAAAUUGAAGCAAGAGGUCUUCAGCAAGCUCAUCCCGAAGUCCGAGGAGGAGAACAUCGACCUGAUCAACAAUCUGAGCCGCAUUGGAAUGACCUUGGACGCGUUUCUGCCAUCACGCGCCCGGAAGAACAUGAAAAAAGGCUCUCCUAACAACUCCGACAACUCGGACCCGGGCAACACUUCUUCCCAUGCUUCAGACGGCCAAGAGUUGGAAAUGGAGGAGGCGUAG